AUGAGGGGUGGGAGAAGGAGAAGUAUGAUAAAGCUUAAGCUUAGCAAGAUCUACUCAUUUGCUUGUGGUAAAACAACCUUGAAGAGAGAACAUUCACGGAUUGGGGGACAUGGUCAUUCCAGGGUGGUUUUCUGUAAUGAACCUGAUAGGUUUGAGGGAGGGGUUUCGAAUUAUGCUGAUAAUUCUGUUAGGUCCACAAAAUAUACUGUUGCCACUUUCUUGCCUAAGUCACUUUUUGAGCAGUUUAGGAGGGUGGCUAAUUUCUAUUUUUUGGUGGCUGGAAUCUUGGCCUUCACAAAGCUCACUCCUUAUACUGCUGUCAGUGCUAUCCUUCCACUCUCUAUCAUCAUUGGGGCAACUAUGGUGAAAGAGGGUAUUGAAGACUGGCGCAGGAAAAAGCAGGAUAUUGAGGUGAACAAUAGAAGAGUUAUAUUGCAUAAAGGUGAUGGCAUUUUUGAAUAUACUGAAUGGAAGAAUCUGAGAGUAGGGAAUAUAGUGAAGAUAAUAAAGGAUGAAUUCUUCCCCGCGGACCUCCUACUGCUUUCCUCCAGUUAUGAGGAUGCAGUCUGCUAUGUUGAGACCAUGAACUUGGAUGGUGAAACAAAUUUGAAGUUGAAACAAGGGCUAGAUGUAACUUCUUCCUUACAGGAGGACUUCAAAUUCCGUGAUUUUAGAGCUGUCAUCAAAUGUGAAGACCCAAAUGCAAAUUUGUAUUCAUUUGUCGGGAGCAUGGAGUUUGGAGCACAAAAGUAUCCACUUUCUUCUCAGCAACUUCUUCUGAGAGACUCCAAACUACGCAAUACAGACUAUGUGUUUGGAGCAGUCGUCUUUACCGGUCAUGACACAAAGGUUAUUCAAAACUCCACUGAUCCUCCUUCAAAAAGAAGCAAAAUUGAGAAGAAGAUGGAUAAGAUUAUCUACUUCUUGUUUUGUGUUUUAUUUCUAAUUGCAUUUAUUGGAUCUAUUCUCUUUGGCAUCACAACCAAAGGUGACCUGGACAAUGGGUUAAUGAAAAGAUGGUAUCUAAGACCAGAUAGGUCCACAAUUUUCUUUGAUCCGGAAAGAGCAGCUGCAGCUGCUAUAUUUCAUUCCUUAACAGCCUUAAUGUUGUACAACUUCUUUAUUCCUAUCUCAUUGUAUUUCUCAAUAGAGAUUGUCAAAGUCCUUCAGAGCAUCUUCAUCAAUCGAGAUAUCCACAUGUACUAUGAAGAAACAGACAAACCAGCUCGUGCUCGUACUUCAAACUUGAAUGAGGAGUUAGGCCAAGUUGACACAAUACUAUCUGAUAAAACUGGAACUUUGACCUGCAACUCAAUGGAGUUCAUCAAAUGUUCUGUUGCUGGAGUGGCUUAUGGUCGUGGUUUAACAGAGGUUGAGCAAUCGAUGGGAAGAAAUAAUGGUUCACCUAUACUUCAUGAGCAUAUUAAUGGUUUAAAUUCAGAAUCUAAUGAAAUCAGGGACUCUCCUGGUAGAAAAGAACCUAUCAAAGGUUUUAACUUUACAGACGAAAGGAUAAUGAAUGGAAACUGGGUUAAUGAGCCUAAUGCAGAUGCUAUACAGAAAUUUUUUCGCUUAUUGGCAAUUUGUCAUACUGCCAUACCAGAAGUGGAUAAAGAAACAGGAAAUGUCUCAUAUGAGGCUGAAUCUCCGGAUGAAGCAGCAUUUGUGAUUGCUGCAAGAGAAGUUGGUUUUAAAUUCUACAAAAGGACCCAGACUUGUUUGUCAAUGUAUGAGUUGGAACCUGUUUCUGGCCAUGAAGUUGAAAGUUUGGUAGUGUUGGGCAUGGGGGAGAGUGUUGGAAAGCUAGCUUUAUUGUGGUUGUUGAAAGAGACAAAAAUAGAUGGAAGAGAUACUGAGCAGUGUGUCAUGGAUGAUGGUACUGCUUUGAAACAAUGGACAUACAAGCUUCUUAAUGUUUUAGAGUUUAGUAGUUCAAGGAAGCGAAUGUCAGUGAUAGUGAAAGAUGAAGAAGGGAGAAUUUUUCUACUCUCUAAAGGUGCUGACAGUGUCAUGUUUGAAAGGCUUGCCAAGAAUGGGAUGACGUUUGAAGAGAAAACUCUGGAACAUGUGCAGGAAUAUGCUGAUGCAGGUCUAAGGACCCUAAUACUUUCUUAUCGUGAGCUUGAUGAAGAAGAAUACAAGGAGUUUGAUCAUAAAUUUUCUGAAGUAAAAAAUUCAGUCGCAGAAGACAGGGAAACACUGAUUGAAGAAGUAUUGGAUAAGAUCGAGAGGAAUCUAAUCCUUCUUGGUGCCACUGCUGUAGAGGACAAGCUCCAAAAUGGGGUUCCUGACUGUAUGGACAAGCUUGCCCAAGCUAAGAUUAAGAUUUGGAUUUUGACUGGGGAUAAAAUGGAGACUGCCAUCAAUAUUGGUUUCUCUUGUCGCUUGCUUAGACAAGGAAUGAAACAGAUUAUAAUUCAUUUGGAGACUCCAGAAAUUAAAGAAUUAGAAAAGGUUGGAGACAAGAUGGCUAUUUCCAAGGCAUCAAGGGAAAGCGUGCAUCAUCAGCUAUCUGAAGGUGCUCAACUGCUUUUUGCAUCCAGAGGGACCUGCCAGCAAACAUUUGCGCUGAUAAUUGAUGGAAAAUCACUAACCUAUGCUCUAGAGGAUAAUAUGAAAAUCAUGUUUCUAGAGCUUGCAAGUCAUUGUGCAUCUGUUAUCUGCUGUCGCUCAUCGCCGAAGCAGAAGGCUCUGGUUACUAGACUGGUCAAAUCUGGAACUGGUAAAACAACAUUAGCUAUUGGUGAUGGAGCUAACGAUGUUGGAAUGCUUCAAGAAGCAGAUAUAGGGAUUGGAAUCAGUGGUGUUGAAGGAAUGCAGGCCGUUAUGUCUAGUGAUAUUGCAAUUGCACAGUUCCAGUAUUUGGAAAGAUUACUUCUUGUACAUGGACAUUGGUGUUACCGGAGGAUGUCAUCAAUGAUAUGCUAUUUUUUCUACAAGAAUAUCACAUUUGGGUUCACCUUAUUCUUGUAUGAGGUGUAUGCAUCAUUCUCUGGACAGCCGGCAUACAAUGACUGGUUUUUGUCACUGUAUAGCGUGUUCUUCUCGUCACUUCCUGUAAUUGCCCUUGGGGUCCUUGACCAGGAUGUAUCUGCCAGGUACUGCCUGAUGUUUCCUAUCCUAUAUCAAGAAGGUGUGCAGAAUGUCCUCUUUUGCUGGCGUCUAGUACUGAGUUGGAUGCUUAAUGGAUUUAUUAGUGCCACAAUGAUAUUCUUCUUCUGCACCAAAGCAAUUGAGCCUCAGGCCUUCGAUGAGGAGGGAAGAACCGCCGGAAGGGAUAUGCUGGGUGUGACAAUGUACACUUGCGUGGUUUGGGUGGUGAACUUGCAGAUGGCACUUGCUAUACGUUACUUCACCUUGAUACAACAUAUUUUUAUCUGGGGUUCCAUUGGUUUCUGGUAUCUUUUCCUCCUAGCAUAUGGAGCAAUGCCUCCAAAAUUUUCUACAAAUGUUUAUAAAGUCUUCGUUGAAACUCUUGUCCCGUCUCCCUCUUUUUGGGUUGUGACAUUCUUUGUGGCGGUCUCAACACUUAUACCAUACUUCACAUGCUCAGUAAUUCAGAUGUGGUUCUUCCCCAUGUAUCACCAAAUGAUACAAUGGAUAAGGUAUGAGAGGAAGACAAAUGGCCCUGAAUAA